UUUGGCUCAAACUUCAACGUUAACUAAAAAACAAGAUUUGAUUACUUUUUUUAUCUGCCUUUGAACCAUAUAUUGUUUCUUAUAUAUCUUCCUUCAUCUCUCUCUCUCUCUCUCUCUCUCUCAAAAGACUCAAGACUAACAAUGGCGGCACUCAUCGUUGACGCCGAGUACCUUAAGGAAAUUGACAAGGCUCGCCGUGAACUUCGUGCUCUCAUCGCCAAGAAGAACUGCGCUCCGAUCAUGCUCCGUUUGGCGUGGCAUGAUGCUGGAACCUAUGAUGCUGAAUCCAAGACCGGUGGACCUAAUGGCUCUAUUAGGAACGAAGCAGAGUACAGUCAUGGUGCCAACAGCGGUUUGAAGAUAGCACUUGAUCUUUGUGAGGACGUGAAAACUAAGCAUCCCAAGAUCAGUUAUGCGGACCUGUACCAGCUUGCUGGUGUGGUAGCGGUUGAAGUGACCGGUGGACCUGACAUCAGUUUUGUUCCUGGCAGAAAAGAUUCAAAUGCCUGCACCGACGAAGGAAGACUUCCUGAUGCUAAUCAAGGUUUCAAACAUCUGAAAGAUGUCUUCUACCGGAUGGGUUUGUCUGACAAAGAUAUUGUGGCACUGUCAGGGGCACAUACUCUGGGAAGGGCUCAUCCAGAGAGAUCAGGUUUCGAUGGACCAUGGACUGAAGAUCCUCUAAAGUUUGAUAACUCAUACUUUGUGGAAUUGCUGAAAGAAGAAGAAUCAGAGGGCUUGCUGAAACUUUCAACGGACAAAUCUUUGUUGGAAGUCCCGGAGUUCCGUCAGUAUGUUGAGCUUUACGCAAAGAACGAAGAUGUAUUCUUCAGAGACUAUGCAGAGUCACACAAGAAACUUUCAGAACUCGGGUUCACACCAACGUCUACGGUCACUAUGGCGAUAACAGACUGCACCGCACUGGCACAUACUGCAGUCGGAGUCGCGGUGGCUGCUGCUGUUGUGGCCUUUAGCUACUUCUAUGAAAUUCGCAGAAAGAUGAAGUAAAUGAAAUAGAAAGCACGCAUUUCCUUCUCAGCUCUCUGGUUUGUAAGCAUGCAUUUAUCGAGAUAAUAUGUUCUCUAGAUUCCUAUAUUUCUGCAAUAAGAUCACACAUUGAUCA